AUGAUCCUGACGCACUUCAAUCAGUUGCUGUCGACCUCAGGUGCUGAGUUCGCAGACCAUUUGUGCUUUAUUAGUAGAGAUAGCCAUAAUAUUGUCACUACAGCGAACAAUACGUUAAAGAUCUAUGAGAUCGAUAUUGAUAGUAAUACACCUUCUGCUAAGCUCAUAUUAAGACGCGAGUAUCAGCUACAUGGAGAGAUUAUUGGUAUACAAUCUAUCAAGAUACUAUCAACCACAGAAGAUGGUAAAGAUAGGCUUUUGAUAGCAUUUAGAGACGCGAAGAUUGCAUUAUUAGAAUGGUCAGAUGAGAUAAACGACAUAGUGACAGUCUCAAUCCACACAUACGAGAGAUCACAGCAAGUAAUUUCACAAGAUAUGUCACGUUUCAAGGCCAUUUUACGAUCAGAUCCUGAGAAUCGCUGUUCUGCAUUGCUCCUACCUGAUGAUUCUUUGGCAAUAUUACCCGUACAUAGCGCUCACGCUGAGCUUGAAGAUCUAGACCAAGACGUUUCAAAUGCUAUUAAAGACGUUCCAUACGCGCCAUCUUUCAUUUUACCAUUAAAAUCUAUAGACUCGGACAUUUGCAAUGUUAUCGACUACACUUUCUUACCUGGAUUCCAUAAUCCAACGCUCGCAGUUCUUUGUGAACCACGCCAGACUUGGACAGGUAGAUUAUCAGACUCUCAGGAUACUUGCCAAGUCUUCUUCCUUACACUAGAUUUAGUUACGCAGGUAUACCCAAUCAUUGCAACAGUUGAUAAUCUUCCAUACGAUUCAAUGUCACUUAAAGCGGCACCGAAAGAAAUUGGUGGUGUUGCUAUUCUUUCGGCUAACGCUAUUAUACAUGUAGAUCAAAAUGGAAGACCAGUAGGAAGAGCAACUAACGGUUGGGCAACGCUCACAUCUGCCAGAAAUUUCGAUGCACCACCAAAAGACCUCUUCGUGCGUUUAGAAGGUGCCUCAAUUGAGUUCUUACAACCAAAGUCUAAGCAAACUCAUCCCCAAGCUCUACUUUUCCUCCCUAACGGCGAGAUACAUGCGGUCCAAUUCUAUAGAGAAGGUAGAACUAUUUCUAGAAUAGAUAUAAGCAAGCCAUUUGCAAAGGGAAGUAUUCCCUCAGGUGCUUAUCGACUCGAUAUUGAUGGUCAGGGAUUGAGCGGUGGUCAAUUUGUCUUCAUUCCUUCAAUGGUAGGAACAAGCUUUUUGAUCAGAGUAGGAAAAUCACUCAAUGAUUUGGAGCUUUUCCCUAAGCAAGAGAAAGUUGGUACAACAGCUUAUGAUGAUAUGGAUGUUGAUGUUGAUGAAGAAUUGUACGGCUCUUCAGAUAAAAAAGCUGAUGAAAAAGAAGAAGAGGAAGAAAUUUCAUCUGAACCACCAUUUACAAUCUGUGAUUACAUUGAAUCAUAUGGUCCGAUUCAAGAUAUCACUAUCGGUAGAUAUAUGCAAACAAGAAAUUCACCUCUGCAGAUUCUUGCUGCUACUGGUGCUGGCCACGUUGGUGGUAUUACAGCCUUCCAUCAAGAAGUUCCUUUUGAAAGUAAACACAAACUUGAUGUUCAGGGUAAUCAUGGAUUAUGGACCUUUAAUGUGACAGGUGUUGGUAAUGUUUUGGUAGCGACAGAUUCAAAAUCGAAAACUAAGAUUUCUAAAUUGUUGCCAUCAAAUGAAGUGGCUCUCAUAGCUGAAGAUAAUGAAGUCACAAUUGCAGCUGAUACGGCAGCAAAUUCAACACGAAUCCUGAUGAUUACAAGUAAUGCUAUAAAGGUCUUAAAAGAAGAUGGCAUAGAGCAACAAUCUCUACAAAUUGAGAAUGGAGAAGUACAAAGGGCUUCAAUAUCUGACCCUUAUAUUUUGACAUUGCAGUCGAACGGCAGUAUUUCUCUCUUUAUCUAUGAAGCUGAUCAAUUAAGAAAAGUGUCAGAUAUUGAUGACAAGUAUGCCUUUGGGUCAAUAUAUAACGAUAACAAUGGUGUUUUUGGACCAUCACAAUCAAAGUAUCUUUAUAUGAUGACCUCAUCGGGUUUACUGCAUCUUCUAGCACUUCCAUCACUAGACUUAGUUUUCAGUACGGAUCAAAUUCCUGAUAUACCCACAUCAAUACAUAAUUCAAAUAGUGUCGAAGAGAGUAUGAGCGAAGAUGACAAUCGUGUGGAAGUACUUGAUUCUCGUUUGGUCAAUUUAGGAAAAGGUGGCGUUAAAAGAGCACAUUUAAUUAUACUUUAUCAAUCAGGUGAACUGGUAAUAUACGACACAUAUAAUUCGUCUUCCGGUAUUGCUUUUUCAAAGGUAUCAGCAGUAUCUGUUCAAUUAUCAGCCACGGUUAUUUCAAGAAUUCUGACAUUCUGUGAUUUUGGGGCCUUAAUUACGGGACGUACACCAGUAUUAAUAAGUUGCGAAGAUACAUCUAUACCACGUAUACACCCGCUUGAUCAGAAGUACAUACACCAUGCUGCACCAUUCGAUGGUGGAUUGUUUUAUUAUGCAAAUGAUGAGGUUAUCUUAGCAACUAUAGGUGAUGAUGUUGAAUAUUCUGAGAACUUACCACUUCGUCGUUUAGCAAAUGGUAGAAAUUUCGAUAAAGUAGCUUACGAUCCUACCUCUCAAAUGUAUGUUGCUACAUCAACCGCAAGUGUACCAUUCAGAUUGUUCGACAACGCUGGUAACUAUCUUUGGAAACCACCAACUGAAAAUCUCUCACCUGCUACAUCAUAUAGAUCAGCAAUUGAGUUACUUUCAAAUGAUUGUCGUUCUUCAAUAUUUGGUUAUGAGUUCGAGCAAAAUGAAUUCGUAAUUUGUUGCGAAACAGUUUCACUUCUUUCACCAUCUGCUGAUGGAACAUAUAAGGACUUUAUAGGUGUUGGAACUUGUAUAAAUAGGGGUGAAGAUGUUGCUGUCAAAGGUGCAAUGUAUCUCUUUGAAAUAGCAGAAUUAAUUCCAAGCUCAAAGGAUAGCGGUAAUAACUACAAGUUAAAAAUGCUUAUGAGAGAGGAGACGAAAGGUGCAGUUAGCGCGAUUACGAGUUGUUCGGGAUACUUCGUGGUUGCAGUAGGACAAAAAGUGUUGAUACGAGCGUUGGAAAUCAAUGAAAGACUCAUAAGUGUUGCUUUCUACGAUGCAGGAACGUAUAUUGUUUCCUUGGAAGUACUCAAGAACUUCAUUCUAGUUGGUGAUCAAGUGAAGUCUAUCACAUUCUUAGCUUUCCAGGAAUCACCUUACAAGCUCGUUCAACUAUCACGAGAUGCCCGACAAAUUGAAACUUGCGUGUCAAACUUCCUCGCUCACGAAGAUCAAAUUUCAUUCGUCAGCAAUGACAUACAAGGAGACCUUAGAUUAAUUGAUUACAAUCCAUUCGAUCCGACUGCUGAAGGUGGUGAGAAAUUGAUUAGAACUACUGAAUUUCACAAAGGCUCUGAAGCCACGUGUUCUCUCCUCUUACCAAAGCCAUCAGUAAGACCAUCUUCAGAACUUUUAUUAGGAUGUGUGGACGGAUCUUUGAGUUGUCUAAGUCCAGUUGAUGAAAUAACAUUCAAAGCAUUAUGGUUAUUACAAGGAGCCUUAGUAAGGCAAAUACCUCACAUAGCAGCUCUCAAUCCACGUGCACACAGACAUGUGCGGAAUGACUACGUUUCAAGAUCUCUAUCUAAAGGUAUACUGGAUGGAUUGUUGCUGUCUGCAUAUCAAACAAUUGAUCAUGCAACCCAAGUUGAAAUUGCAAAGCGUAUCGGAUACUCAAAAGCAGAAUUACUUGGAUAUUUAAGAAAUUUCAGCUGGCUUUCAUAA